AGUCGCCGCGUAACUACCACCAUCCUCGCCACACAGCUUGGACAUUCGAGUACGAAGCGAUCUAUAUGGGUGAAUUAGAGUCGCUAAGGGAGGUGUUUGAGAAGUUAGAGGUCCGAGAGCAGAAGAAGAAUGCGUCUCAAGAAUUGGCCAUCGGCGACUCUGAGAAGCCUUCAAAGCCUGCGCGCGGUGAUGUUGCGAUGGAUGUAGACCGCGCCAAAAGCAGGCCACAGUCGUCUCUCGUGCACCGCAUAAAGCGCGGGCAGGCAAUACGUUAUCCCCGCCUGCCGAAGGGGUUCCGUUCGCAUCCAUGCCACUACGUCCUCGGCUGGGAAGUUUCCGAUGCUACCGUCAGAAGCUACAUCAAGCGGCUCCCUCACUACAUCGACGUGUUCAUCUACAAGCACGAAAAGGCUCUGCUGGACACACACGGACUCAUGCUCCUGCUGCUCAAACGGAUCUUCUGCUACGAACACUUUUUCUGGGCGACGGUGCUCCCGCGAGGGAGCCGCGUCCCCGAGGACCCCUUCGACCCGAAGGUGCCGUUCGUGACUGUGUUCGGGAUAUGCGCGACGGCGAGCAAGCGCUAUUUCCGGCGGAGACCGUCGAAGAUGCAGUAUGCGGCCUUGAUGAAUGCGUUCGGGGCGGUGCCUGCGAAGUGGCACAAGGAUCCGCUGCCGAAGAGCCUCUUCCAUUUGCAAGCUGUGUGUAUGGAUUGUUGAGUGCGUCGUGCACUACAAGUUGGUGUUAGUGGUCUACUGAUCAACGCCGCGCUAGUGCUAUAGCGUGACACCCCGUAUGGUCCCUUGUUUCUCUUUCGGUCUUCUUAUAUGUUUGUUUCUCGCU